GUGCCCAUUUCUACAACUCGACAUUGAAUAUUCACUGAGAGGAUCUUCAGAAUGUCGUCUUCAGUCAAGGCCCCUCAGCAAUACAGUCAACCUUCCCGUAAGGGCAAGAAGGCCUGGAGAAAAAAUGUCGAUGUAUCGGAGGUUCAAGAAGGCCUCCGUCUUUUAAAGGAGGAAGAAAUCAAAGGAGGUGUCCUGGCAGAGAAACCCUCCGAGGAGCUGUUUACAUUUGACACAACCGGCUCAUCAGAAAUCCGCGACGCAUACCGGAAACAGAAUAAAAGGGCCCUUAAAUCAGAGGAGAUUUUGGCCCAGAGAUCCGCCAUCGCAGCUUUGGACACUCGCAAGCGUGUGAACCCGAAGCUGACAGAUGGUGUUAUCGAGCCAAAAACCAAGAAGCACAAGAGCGACUGGGUAAGUCGCAAGGAAUGGCUGCGCUUAAAACAGGUGGCCAAGGAUGGGAACCCAAUGAAUAAGUCCGGCGGAAGCGGCCUUUAUGAUCCGUGGGCAGAUGAAGCGGAUGCAGCCCCUGUGGAAGAUCCUCAGUUCGAUUUUUUGCCAAAGCCCAAACCGAAAGUCGCGCCAGAAACUUUGAAACAUGCCCCGAUUUCUCUUGCAGCAAACGGGAAAGCUAUUCCCGCCGUUCUGAAGCCGAAUGCAGGGACGAGUUAUAACCCGACUUUCGAGGAUUGGGAUCGGCUCCUGCAAGAACAAGGAGCGAAGGCCGUCGAGGCUGAAAAGAAACGAUUGGAGGAGGAGCGUAAGGAGGAAGAACGGCAGCGUCUCAUUGUGGAAGCCGGAGAGGAUGAUGGUGGGGUCAGGUCGGAUGACGAGAGCGCUUGGGAGGGAUUCGAGAGCGAGUAUGAGAAGCCAGAAUGGCUGAACAAGAAACGCCCUGAGAGAAAGACCAAGACACAGAGGAAUAAGAUACAGCGACGGAAGGAAGCCGAGAGGCAAGCCAAAUGGGAGGCUCAAAUGCAGAAGAAAGAAGAUCAAGUAAAGAAUGCAAAGGCUAUCGCAGACCAAAUGCAAGAAAACAAGCUGGAAGUCGCACAGCACAGCGAAGAUUCUUCUGAUGAAGCUGAUGAUACUGUUCUGCGCCGCAGGCCUCUAGGCAAGCUAAGGGCCCCCGAGAAGCCGGUGGAAGUUACACUACCUGAUGAACUUCAGGAUUCGUUGCGCCUGCUGAAGCCAGAGGGCAAUCUUCUUGACGAUCGAUUCCGGACUCUGAUUGUCCAAGGAAAGCUCGAGUCUCGCAAGCCAAUUUCCCAGCCAAAGAAGGCGAAGAGAGAGGUAACCGAGAAAUGGGCCUACAAGGAUUUCAAGCCUAUCACUGGGAUGGAACUGAAAUCUCUUUCCAGCAAUUGGAAGAAACUCCAGGAGACACUGCAAAAAGAAGUCUCCACCUCUACAACAAAACGCAAGCGAUCCGAUCGGGAGCCUCAAAAUGCUCUGGUGAAGAAACAGAAGACCAACAAAGAAGCAGGAAAACGAACCCCGCAAAGUGUACAAAUUCUAAAGAAAAGGAAGAGAAUGUCCCAAGCAGGUGGAGGCGAAAAUGGUACCCAGGACGCUACCGAAAAAUCUGUGUUGAGCCGGAAUUCUACCGCAACGGUUUCGAAAGUCAACGAGGGCCGUUCACCAACUGCCGAAAUAGGUAAAUAUGUCGCUAUGGAUUGCGAAAUGGUCGGCGUUGGACCAAACCCAGACAACGACUCUGCGCUUGCCCGAGUGAGUAUCGUCAACUUCAAUGGCGAACAGGUUUACGACUCUUAUGUACGGCCAAAAGAGAUGGUUACGGAUUGGCGGACACACGUUAGCGGCAUAGCCCCAAAGCAUAUGAUAGAGGCGCGGACCCUUGAACAGGUCCAGAAAGAAGUCACGGAUAUUCUGGAUGGGCGAAUACUUGUUGGACAUGCUCUUCGAAACGACUUGGACGCCCUCCUACUCAGUCACCCCAAGCGCGACAUCAGAGAUACCAGCAAACAUCCCCCUUAUCGGAAGGUGGCCGGUGGAGGUUCUCCUAGGUUAAAGGUGCUUGCUUCUGAGUUCCUUGGGUUAGACAUUCAAGACGGUGCGCAUUCUAGUGUGGAGGAUGCGAAGGCUACAAUGCUUUUGUACCGGCGCGACAAGGAUGAAUUUGAACGGGAACAUUUGAAGAAAUGGCCAGUGCGCGUGGCUCCCGAGAGUAAAGAAGGGGGAGCAGACGAUAAGAAGAAGAAAAAGAAGAAGAAGAAAACGCGCAAGAGGUAGUAGUACCUAGUCUUGGUUUCACCGGCGAAUGCCUUAGAUAUACCCCAUAUUCUUGAUUCUUUCGAUUGUUACGGAGUACAUCCCCAGCAAAUGGAUAGGUAGAUUAGAGAAAUCAUAAAUAC